AUGCCCGCGCCGGGCGACAAGGCGCCCGACUUCAAGCUCCCGACGAACGACGACGCCGGCACCAUCGCCCUCUCCGACUACAAGGGCAAGUGGGUCGUGCUCUACUGGUACCCCGCAGACAUGACGUCCGGGUGCACCAUCGAGGCCCGCGCCUUCCAGCGCGACGCUGCCGAGUACAAGAAGCGCAACGCCGUUGUCCUCGGGGCGUCUCUCGACUCCGUCGACUCCCACAGGGAGUUCUGCGAGAUCCAGGGGCUCCGCUUCCCGCUGCUCGCGGACGAGGACGGCUCGGUCGCGGACCUGUACGGGUCCCUGCGUCAGUUCGGCAGCGUCAAGUUCUCGGACCGCCACACCUUCCUGAUCGGGCCCGACGGCGUCGUGCGGAAGAACUGGAAGUCCGUCAACCCCAACGUGCACUCCAAGGAGGUCCUCGAUGCCAUCGACGCCCUCUCCACGUAA